AUGAUGAUUUCCAACCUUCCAGAUGAUUUGGUAGAGGAGAUUCUCUCUAGGGUUCCGUUGACAUCUACGAGAGCAAUGAGGUCUACUUGCAAAAAGUGGAACGCUUUAACUAAAGAUCAAAGCUUUACAGAUAAGCACAUCCGCAUGAAUGUUGUAGCCGUAUCAGGAGAACGAGAGUUUCUGAUGAUCAAGAAUUAUAAGGCUUAUUUGAUUGGCGUCAAUCUCCACCUCCAUGAUAUUGAAAACAACAAUGUUGAUCUAUCUAUAAAGUGUAAAGGUAAACUUAUUAGCCUGGACAACUUAGAUGACGUGGUCACCGUCUCUCACUGCAACGGUUUAUUGCUAUGCUCAUCACCAAGAAACAUGGAUCGUAGGCUUGUGAUUUGGAACCCGUAUUGUGGGAAACCAAAGUGGAUCAAACUUAGAACUAAUUACACGACAGUCGACAGGUUCGCUCUCGGAUACGACAAAUCCUGCGGUAGCCACAAAAUAUUGAGGCUUUUAAGUAGUAAACUAAGUGACUACGAAAUCUACCAUUUGAGCUCUGAUUCAUGGAUGGUUCCUAGUGUCACUCUUAAUGAAUGGGAUAUGGUGUACAUGCAAUCAUGCGUGUCUUUAAAGGGAAAUACUUACUGGUGUGCAAAAGACAAGACAUCACUCAGUUAUUACUUACUUUGUUUCGAUUUUACAAGAGAGAGAUUUGGGCCGCGUCUGCCUUUGCCUUUUAUUAGAGAAGGGUCUCUACAUGUGGUUAGCGAGGAGAAGCUUGCGAUGUUAUUACAGCGAACGGAUACAUUUGAGUAUGAGAUUUGGGUUACGGAUAAGAUGGAGCCCGAUGCAGUGUUAUGGAGCAAGUUCUUAAAACUCGAUAAGCGACCACAUAUUUAUCUGACUCGAGAUCUCUUGAUUGACGACGAAAAGAAAGUGGCAGUGCUUUUUUAUAAAGAUUGGAAAAAGAUGAUGAAAUCCUAUUGUAGCGAAGCUUACAUCAUUGGAGAGAAAGGUUAUGUAAGAAGAGUGGAUUUCGGUGAAUUACCAAACUCACUACAUUGUCCCAUUGGUAUGCUGAUGAUCUCUUAUGUUCCAAGUUCUGUGCAAAUCAACUAA